AUGGCGCUCUGGGUUGAUCGCUACCGACCGCGUGAACUAGCCAAGUUGGAUUAUCACAAAACCCAAGCAUCUCAGUUAAUAAACUUAUGCUCCCAGGGGGAUUUUCCGCAUCUGAUGUUCUACGGUCCAUCUGGAGCCGGUAAGAAAACACGCAUCAUCUGCCUGUUGCGUGAGCUGUAUGGGCCCGGUGUCGAGCGUCUACGCAACGAGACGAUGAAUUUCACCACGCCAUCGAACAAGAAGAUCGAAAUUAUGACCGUUAGCAGCAACUACCACAUCGAGGUGAACCCGUCCGACGUCGGCAUUUACGAUCGGGUCGUUAUAACCGACAUGAUCAAGCAGAUUGCCCAAACACAGCAGAUCGAUCCGUCCGGGCAACGCGAGUUCAAAACGAUCGUGUUGUCAGAGGUGGACGAGCUGACAAAGGACGCUCAGCACGCGUUGCGCCGUACGAUGGAAAAGUACGUGGCGACAUGCCGGCUGAUCCUGUGCGUUAACUCUACCUCACGCAUCAUUCCCGCUGUUAAAAGCCGUUGCCUUGGAAUACGCGUAUCGGCUCCGAGCGAGGAGGAAAUUGUAACCAUCUUGAACUCUAUCUGCAAAAAGGAGAGCCUUCACAUUCCGCCAGAGCUAGCGACACGGAUAGCGCAGAAGUCGGAUCGUAAUCUGCGGCGGGCCAUACUCACACUCGAAGCCUGCAAAGUGAUGCAGUAUCCUUUCACGACGAACCAGGACAUCCCCGACAUGGACUGGCAGUCUUAUUUGAAGGAAACGGCGGAUAUGAUCAUGCAGGAGCAAACACCACAGCGGUUGGAGAAUGUACGCGAGCGGCUGUACGAGCUGCUAUCCCAAGGUAUCCCGCCCGAUGUCAUUUUCAAGGGUUUGGUGCAGGUUCUCGUCAAAAAUUGCGACAUGACCUUGAAGGCGCAAACGAUCAGUUACGCCGGAUUGUACGAUCAUCGGAUGCAGCGUGGUAGCAAACACAUAUUCCACCUGGAGGCGUUCGUUGCUCAGUUUAUGGCACUGUACAAACCCUUCAUCCAAAGUUUAUCUUCGACAAUCAACAUGGAUGAUGCAUUUUAA